UUGGAAGCGAAGUUUUACAAAGAGAUUGAAAAAUCUAUGCGUAUCAAAACAGUAAAAGAUUUUGAGUCAGUAUUACGAACUAAGAUUAAUGAUGAGUUAGAACUUGAAAGAAAGAAAAAUCAAUAUUUGUCUCGAAUACUACUAUCGAAUGAGUGUGAUUUAUGGGAAAAAAUACGAGAUGAUGGUUUUAACUGGUUAGUAAUACCAGAUGAACGUAAGGCUAGAUUAACCAAACUUAUUGAUCUCUAUUCUGAGUUUAGAACUCUUGUUGAGAAUGUUAAAGAUUUAAACACCAAACUUACGAAGAUUAAAGAAUUAAAAAAUGGUGAUGAUACUAGUGGCGGAGAGUAAUCUAAUUAAAGAGUAUAAUGGAUGUCUAUAAUUCUCUUUAUCAACAGGUUUGUGAUAAAAAGAGUUACUUAGGAAAAGAAUUGGAUAUUUACACUCGUUUAUUAAAAGUGUUAGACGAACUUAAAGUUAGCGUUGAAGAGAUGAAGAAUCUCGCAAAAGAUCUAAAUGAGACUUCUUCGAUAGACACUGUUAGUGAUGAUGAAGACAUAUCAGAUGAUGGUGAGUCAUAA